CCUGUAGUAAUGGGUCCGAGUGAUACGUCGCACAACAGCUGCUAGAGGUGACGGCAGCAAGGACGAUAUCCUGUCUCGGACGGACGCGAGAUUCUGCUAUACCUCCAGUCGUCUGUUCUCCCGCUGCUCGUGAGGAAGGAGCGAGCUGACCUCUCAGCCUCACGGAAAAUCUCAGCCCCCAUGUGCAUUGCCUAAGCAGAGUGCACGGCGGCGCUUAUGCUGACAGUACAGCGAACAUUGGGAUUUCGCCCAGACUGCAUCAGCUAUAAAAGGCCGCUCCCAUUCCGCGCUCCGAUAUUUGUGCGACUCGUCAACACCUGCCCGAGCUCAGACACUCUCUACCAUCUGACGACAACAAGAAGCAAUGGCAAGCAAACCACCCACCAUCAUCUUCGUCGUAGGAGCAUGGCAUACCGACUUCCACCUCCGUCUAAUCAAACCCGACCUGGAGAAGUACGGCUACCGUGUCCUCCCAAUCACACUCAGGACGAGCAUCAAAUCCACCCCAGCUCCAACUCUACAAGACAACGCCGCCGACAUCCUCCAAGCCAUGCAACGCGAAGCCAACGCAGGCAACCCCUUUGUCCUCCUCGGCCACUCCGUCGCAGGCCUGUCGACCACCCUCGCCGCCAACGAAUUCCUCGCAACCGCUACGCCACAGCAUAAAGCGCUUUUCGUUCAUUAUGUCUGGAUCGCUUGCUUCCUCAAUGGCCAUCGCAUAGCACCUUAUCUAACGUGGGCAUCAACGACGGAAGACGGAGCGUGGAUCGAAGUCAAAGACCCGCACGCAACCUUCUACAACGAUAUGUCGAUUGCCGACGCGCAGCCGUACAUCGAUGCGCUGGAGGCUAAUGUUGCUGCGUGGCCGCCGGAAUAUGGCGAUGCGUAUAAGUCGGUGCAAGGUACUUAUCUCUUGUGCUUGAAUGAUCGAGCCAUUCCGCCUGAAGAGGUCCAACGACUUGAGGCGCAGGAGAAUGGAAUGCGGAUUGUAGAGUUGAAAGCGGAUCAUGUGCCUUUUGUCAGUCAUCCCGAGGAGACGGCGGAGGCGUUGCAUAAUGCUUUGAAGCGUGGGUAGUCGUUCGCUAG